AUGAACUCAUACUUAAAGCAGACCAAAACUUAUUUAAAUACUGUAGCUAUAAAUGACAAUAUUAUAGGUCUUGAACUUAAUCAAGCUUUAGAAAAAUUCAUUUUAUCUACUAUUAAUCCACAUAUCUUAGUAUGCAUAAUUCUUUAUUUUUAUACUUAA